AUGUCUAAAAAAGACAAGAAGGAUAAGCCUAAGAAACUGACUCCUGAGGAAGAGGCUCUUCAAAAUGCUCAAAAUGUCAAUGAUAUUGAUGAUGAAGGGUAUAAAAAGAGCUUAAGACUCCAAAUCCGUGAACUAGAAGCUGAAGUUCAGAAAGAAGAAGAUGAAGCUGGCCUCUACCAGGACGAGAGGCAAAGAGUCAAUUACUUCUGGAUUGUUGCCAAGAAGGAACUUGAGGACAAACAAGCUGAUUUGAGGAACAAAGAAAGAGAGAUGCAAGACCUUGAUGAAAAACAUCAAAUUGAGAUCAAGGUUUACAAACAAAGGAUCAAGCAUCUCAUGUUUCAAAAUUUGGAUCAACUCACUGAGUUAAAGAAGGAGUCUGAAAUCACGCUCAAAAAUAUUGAAGACGAGCAGAGAAUUGAGUCUAGAGAACUCAAAGCUGAUAUCCGGUCUCUGAAUGUUGCAAUGAAAGAACAGGAGGUUCGUCAAGGCGAGUAUGUCAGAGCCCUCAAGAAAGCUAACAAUAAAAAGAAGACAGCAAUCAGACAAGAACAUGAAAGAGUGGCUAAUGAAAUCAAGAUGAAAUACACUCAUAAAAUGCUCCUCUUAAGAAAAGAGAUGGAGGAAAAGAGAAAAGCUAUGACUUUGCAAAUUGAAGCAAAGAAAGAUAAAGCGAUUGAGGAUUUGAUUGCCCGCCAUGACCAAAACUAUACCAAGAUCAAAAAUUAUUACCAAGAAAUCACUAAUACCAACCUUGAUGUAAUCAAGCAAAUGAAAGAUGACCUGGCUGAAGUAAGGAAAAAUGAUCAAGCAAAAAUGAAGGAUUUGCUAGAACAGAAGAAAAUCAAUGCAAAAAUGAGCGAUCCAUUAAAAGAAAUAGACCUUGAAGUGAGAGCUCUCAGAGAGAAAAAGAUAAAAUUCGACGCUAUGAAUGGCGAACUUGAUAUAUAUAAAUAAAGACAUCCUCAGCCUUGACAAAAGAUAUAGAGAGAUUGAAUGGGAAUAUGAGGUAAAGUUCCAGCAAUACCAAUAUUUAAUAAAAGAGAAAGAAGACCUCUUUGCCCAAUUCCAUAAGAAGAUAUAUGAUUUGCAUCAGAAAUCAGGAUUAAAGAACCUGAUUCUUACAAAACAGAUAGAGACAAUUCAAGAAAGCAUUGAUAUUAAGGAAGCUCAGCUCAAUGAGCUCCUAAAUGCAUCUAAGAUUGAUCAGAAUCAACUCAAAGAUAUCAGAAGUACACUUGAAGAGAGUGAGAGAAUUAAAAAUGAAGCUAUUAAGCACAUUCAACAAGAACUCAAGACCAUCAGAGAAGCACAUUCAACCAUGGUUAAAACUUAUGAAGGAAAGCUGAGUGAAUUUGGAAUCCCUGUUGAAGAGCUUGGGUUUGAUCCUCUCGUACCAGCAAACAUUUAAGACAUCCAAAAGUGCUGUGAAGAAGUUUCAUAACCGAAGAUGUUC